UUCGCGACUUGAUAAGCAUCAGUGACUUAUCGCAUCAGCCAGAAGUUCUUCGGUUUACAGAACAAAACAUCAAGAAACAUGGCCACAUCAACAGAAUGGACUCCUUCUUUGUGGUAUGACACCUUCAAUGAACUGCUGGAUGAUGACAGUGAGCUGGACUAUGGAGACCGGUGGACUCUUAAGGUUAACUACAACAAGACAGAUGAAAUCACUUAUGAGGAGAGGAAGAAAGGCUGGAAGGUCUCCACUCACCAAGCAAACGGAAAAUUUCAGUGUGUAUCCUGCAAAAAAACCUGGGAUUCAGCGCAGGUGAGGUUGGUGUUCCGGUACCGGCUGCUGGGGGGCCAAGGGACAGUGAUUAUGCGUCCUUUUGGUCAGGCCUGUCUUCGCUGUAGAGGUGACAAGUUCAAUCUCCCUGGUUUUGACAAGAAAGAGGUGGAACAAGCCCUCCUCAGGCAGUUUUACAAAAUUCGGAAAAACUGCUACCAUGAGGAGGAUGAGGAGAAGGCUGAAGACAAUGGAAGACCAUCAUCAGAGCCUGAAGCGAAGACCAAACCCCACAAGAACCACCUGUGCCAGGCAUGCCGUGUGGGCCAUUGCUGUGUGGAUGACAAGGAUGAUAACUAGAGUGUGUGUGUGUGUGUGUGUGUGUGUGUGUGUGUGUGUGUGUGUGUGUGUGUGUGUGUGUGUGUGUGCGCGCUAAAAGUGCUCGGAGAAACUGGUUCCUGGGAUACUCUGUUUUGCACGUGAAGUUAACAGUUUUAAGAGUACGAUCCACAUUCAUGGUGCAGUAUAUGAUCAUAUCACUUUUGUGUGCGUUCAUUGUAUUUUGUGGCUAUUAAUAAAGUCUGA